GGACGCUGGCAGAUCGCGGGUCAGUUCACGUCCGCCACUGAGCGCCAGCACACGACGAGCGUCCACAGAUUCCUCCCAAAACUCAAAAUGACGAAAAUCGAUCGGAGCAUAAGGAUAAUGCUGCUCAUGGCAAUGCUGCUGCCUUUAUGCCUGGCACGACCACAGGAGUUCAUCUUCCCAGAGGACACGGCCGCAGGUGCAGAAGCGGAACAGAGGCCGCCGCCAUUGAACGAUCCAUCGGAUCUCAGUGCUGGCCUCAAUUUGGUGCCCGUUGGCAAUCUGAUUGCGGCCGCGGCUAAUUCCGUGCUGCCAGCGCCCGUUCAGUUCAUACGGACAGCCAUGAACAGCGGCCUCUGACCCCCCAUGGGCAUGUCCAUGUUGGCUGUCAUUUUAAUCACUUGUCGUAGGCGUUGUUCUUAAGUGUUACACUUUUAGUGCACGUGUUUGUUGGUGUGUGUGUGCGUGUGUGUGCUAAGUGAGUUUUGUAAAACUUGUUUAAUCAGAUACGAAAACCCGACGAUGGAGCGAUAAAAGCGUGCAAUCAAGACCCUC